AUGUCGCAAGUCUCGAACUGUGCUGACGCUGCCAUUGGCGCCGCCGGCAACUUCAACACGCAGCGUUCGGUGAUUUUGGUCUGCGGCUCUCCAGGUGAGAGUCCUACGGUCCAACCUGCUGCCAUCCGUGCUGCCCACAUCACGCACCACAGACUUGCGCUGGUUCCGUCGGUGAGGGACAUCAGCGCUCACAUCAAGCAGUACCACUUGUAUACGCUGGAUGACAGCAAGCUGGCUAUUCUCAAGCGUCUUCUGGAAGAAGAGCUGGACCUGGAGCAUCCGUCCAUGGUGGAGGUCAAGAAGGAACUUCUGCCAGUGCCGUACAUUCCUGAGCUGGACAUCAGCUACGAUGGCCGCCACUGCAUGGUGUGCCCGUACAGCGUCAAGAGCAGGUUGGCCAUCAAAGAGCAUGCUCAGCAGCAUGAGCACGCUGCUGGCGCCAUCAAGCACGAUCGUAACGAUGCCAAUCAGCUCUUCUGGUCCAGCAGCUUCCGCCGCUACGUGCACGCCAGUCAUCCCACCUUCUUACAGGCACCGCCGCAGCUGCCGCCUGCAGCACUCCGUACGGCAAUGUCUGCAGACAAGCUGGACGGUGCGGCCAAGGCCAAGAUGUACUGGGCUGGCAAGCCCACCACCGCCCUUGGCCUCCUAGGUGGUGAGCCCAAGAAUUGGAGAGGUGCCCACCGCUACGGAGCGCACUGGGUGUACACUGCUGGCAAGAAGGUGGCAGCAGAGUGGAUGAGUGGGCUGCUCAAUGCCAGCCGCAAGACGCAGACCACCUUCCAUGCUCAUGGUCCUGAUUCCAGCAAGCCAUACAGCCUCAGCAAGGACACCGUCAAGAAGCGUGCAGAGCUGUGGGCGCGCAUGCUGGCACUGGUAUUCCACCUCUUCUUUGAUGGUGACGAUGCUGGCUACUAUGGCAAAGCAGAGCCAUACGCUCACCAUGGCCUGGAUGUAGAGCUGGAGGAUGCCCUUCUGCAGCUGCGGGACUUCUACGGCAGCAUGGAGGAGGAAGAUGGCUGCGCUAAACCUGUGGUCACAGAGGAAGCAGAGGCACUGCUUCUCCAGCUGUCUGUCCUGCUGGUCACGCAAGAGCCGGUGGACUUUGGACAUACAGAGCAGCUCACCCUCUCACGCCGCUUCCUUCACUUGUGCGUCAGCGCUGACGGCACCCUGAAGCCUGUCAGCGCUGCCACCUCUGCCAUUGCGGUCUUGGAGUUCUGCAUCCGCAGUGUGCUGCAUGAGCACCUCCUUCACGCAGAGCACGGUAUGCUUGCCCACCAAGAUGCAGCUGGCAAGAUGGCGAAGGUGGACAGCAUCCUCCAGCACAGCUUUGCAUUCCUCUGGAGCAAGGAUCUUGCCACCGCCACCUUUGGCCUGGAGGAGAUUGCAGUGGAGCGGCUUCCUGCUCUGAUGCAUGGUGCAUUGCAGCAAGCAGAUGAGCGCCUGGCAGAGCUACGUCUUCUGGUCAACGCCAAAAAGGCCAACAUGGUCGAUCUGGCCCUGGUGCGGGACAACAUCUGCAACAUGCGCCCUGGCUUCAGUGUGGCUGAUGCGUGCCUGGAGCCGCCAACGCUGCCCAGCAUCCUCUGCCGUGCAGUCACUGGCCCUGCCCCAGCAGCCUCUCUGCCGCUGCUCGAAUCCAGUUUCGAAUAG